AUGACAUCGGCGCCGGCGCCUCUAGAAAUGAUGCCAGCACCGGCCAUGACCCAGUCCGAGGAGAUUAAAACGGCAAACACGAGUGAGACUAGUCACGGCGAUGGAGGGGUGAGUGGAGGCGGGAAUCAAGCGCCCAUGACACCAGCAUCGACUACAUCGACCAAGUCGAAUUACAAGGGAUUCGUGGCGGGAGUCUUUUCAGGGAUUGCGAAGCUGAGUGUUGGACAUCCAUUUGACACGGUCAAGGUUCGAUUACAGACCAGUCCAGAUGCGCACUUCAAGGGACCAUUGGAUUGCACGUUGCAAACAAUUCGAAAAGAAGGGGUUCGGGGAUUAUACAAGGGCGCAUCUCCUCCGCUGGUUGGAUGGAUGAUGAUGGAUUCUAUAAUGUUGGGGUCAUUGACAUUUUACAAGAAAUUGUUGCACGAGAAUAUCUUUUCGAAACCCGAACUCCGCCGAUGGAUGCCCUUUUCCAAGUACCAGACCGACCUUGCGACACUACCUUCCUUUGGUCAUGGAAUUGCCGGGAUUAUGGCCGGUACGACAGUCAGUUUCAUUGCCGCGCCGGUGGAACACAUCAAGGCCCGAUUACAGGUCCAAUAUGCGGCCGAUAAAUCACAGCGCAUGUACGCUGGGCCGAUCGACUGUCUUCGCAAGCUUCUUCGAACACACGGCAUUCGAGGUGUCUAUCGUGGACUAUAUGCGACCAUGUUCUUCCGAUCAUUCUUCUUUUUCUGGUGGGGUUCUUACGACCUCCUCACCCGCUACAUGACCAACCAUACGAAUAUGUCCGCGCCUCUAGUCAAUUUCUGGGCCGGUGGUAUCUCCGCGCAGAUUUUUUGGCUCACUUCUUAUCCGUCGGAUGUGGUCAAGCAGCGCCUCAUGACCGACCCUAUGGGCGGAGCCCUAAAUGACGGUCAGCGGCAGUUUCACCGGUGGAGGGAUGCCGCCAAAGCAGUUUGGCGAGAGCGGGGGAUGAGGGGAUACUGGCGCGGAUUUGUGCCGUGCUUUUUGAGGGCAUUCCCAGCAAACGCAAUGGCCUUGGUUGCGUUCGAGGGUGUCAUGCGCACGCUGCAUUAA